CACAUGCGCAGUAACAGCGGUUUUGUUUUCAUAACACUGCCCUCGUUAGAGACAGGUGAGGACUAACACAAAGCAGAAGAAGCAGCGUAGGUUACCUCUCUGGGUAAGUUAUGUCUGUGAAACACGCUCUAUCCCGGGGGCUGGAGCUGGGCCGGUCGGUCCUCCAUGUGGGUCUGUUAAAGUCCGGGGGCCGAGUCGCAGCAAAGCUCCGAGUUGACCGUCUCCGUGUAGGCCCGUCGGUCCGCACCGUUCAGCCUCAGGCUUUCCUGCCGUCUCGGUACCGCUACUACCGCACCUCGCUGAGGGGCCUGGCUGCCCAGCUUCAGUCCGCCGGGUUCAGGAGGAGGUUUGGAGGGGGGUCCCCGAGAAACAGGGCCGUGUUUCUGGCCUUCGGACUCGGCGUUGGGCUUAUCGAACAACAGCUGGAGGAUGACAGGAAGAGUGCAGCGACAUGUCAGGAGAUCCAGGCGGUGUUCAGCAAGAAAAAAUUCCAGAGCCCACCCAGACCAUUCAUCUCUGGAUACAAACUGGAGGAUUACAUUAUCGGGAACCAGAUUGGAAAAGGCUCCAACGCUGCUGUAUACGAGGCUGCAGCUCAGUUUGCCCCUCAAACAGAGAGCAAGAACUCCGUCACCCCGGUGCAGCUGAGAGAGGAUGAGGAGGAAGGAGAAACCCCUCGCUCUCUGACGUGCUGCUCGCUGAAGACCUUCCCUCUGGCUAUCAAGAUGAUGUGGAACUUUGGGGCAGGGUCAUCGAGCGAGGCGAUCUUGAAAUCCAUGUCCCAGGAGCUGGUGCCUGCAGGUUCUCUGGCUUUCAGGCAGGACAAAGAACAAAUCACUCUGGAUGGACAUUUUGGAGUCCUUCCCAAAAGAGUGUCAGCUCACCCGAACGUGAUCAGAGUGCACCGGGCAUUCACAGCAGACGUUCCACUGUUACCAGGGGCUCAGGAAGAGUAUCCAGAUGUCCUACCAUCCAGGCUUAACCCUGCUGGACUGGGCAACAACCGCACUCUGUUCCUGGUUAUGAAGAACUACCCCUGCACCCUGCGACAGUACCUGGAAAAGACCACACCGGGCCGUAAGCAGGGCUCCCUGAUGGUGCUGCAGCUCCUGGAGGCCGUGGACCAUCUGUGCAGACAGGGUGUCGCUCACAGAGAUCUCAAAUCAGACAACGUGCUGCUGGAGUUUGACUCUGAUGGUUGUCCUCGUUUGGUGAUCACAGACUUUGGCUGCUGCCUGUCUCAGAGUGACUCCAGUCUGCAGCUGCCCUUCAACAGCAUGUGGGUUAGCAGAGGAGGGAAUGCCUCCCUAAUGGCCCCAGAGGUGUCCACAGCUGUGCCCGGGAGUGGCGUGGUGAUUGACUACAGUAAGUCAGACGCCUGGGCAGCCGGUGCCAUCUCCUAUGAGAUCUUCGGCCAGCAGAACCCGUUCUACAGAGGAACAGGACUGGAGAGCAGGAGUUACCAGGACAAGCAGCUGCCUCCUCUGCCCUCGUCUGUUCCAGCUGAUGUGCAGUUAGUGAUCCGCUUACUGCUCAGGAGGAACCCCAACAAGCGCCCCACUGCCCGUGUAGCAGCUAACAUGCUCCAUCUCAGCCUCUGGGGACGCAAAGCUCUGGCCAAUCAGGACAGCGUGGGCAUGAGGAAGCUCGCCAAUUGGCUGCUGUGUCAGUCAGCUGUGGUUCUCCUGAAGGGCUGCAGCGGACCGAGUGGGGACAUGGUGGAGGCGGACCUUCAAAGGAGCUUCCUGGGGAACCUGGACCUGGAGGAGCUGCGUACGGCUGUGGGCUUCCUGCUGUACGGGCGAGAGCAGCGUCAGGCCUGCAUACUGUCUGCUUAGAUCUUCUCUCUUAGACACAAAGCUUCAUGGGUAGACUGGGAGCGUAGGGUUAAAACUUCCUUUGAUUUCAGACACAUAUUCGUAGUAUUUAUGAGCAUAGCCUUUACAUCUAACGGCUAGUAAGGCAGAAUCCCCUGACACUGCUCUUCCACUCUUCUCCAUCAGGUGUUAUUGUGAAUUAUCAGCCAUGUAAUUCAACUUUGUGGAUUCCUCUUAUCCGGUCUCUGCUCAAAUGACUGUCCUGCUUUACUUCUGAUUGCGUUCUAACCACACUCAGCAUCAGCAGGAGUUAUAGAAAUGCUGUGGGAUUUUGCACAAUGUAUAAAGUCUUGCGGGGGCUUUUCAUCAUGGGCUAUUCAGGCUACUGUAAUGGAAGAAAGAACUCCCCAUCUCUGUGUUUUCUAAUUAUUAAUCUCAGGCUUUUAUGUUAGAGAGGACAGGACAGUGGAUAGAGCAGGGAGUGACAGGACAGGACAGGACAGGAGCCACAGAUUGAAAUCGAAUAUCUCCUAAAAAAUAAUGUAGGUCCGCUACAAAUACCUAAGAUUGCUCACAAAUAUGAGGUACAAAUAGCUGUUGCUAUUCUUUAUCAUAAGAGUGGAUGUUUUCCCUCUCAGACUGAUGCACUUUAAAGAUAUUUGGCAGGAAAAAAAAAAACAUUAAGUUGUUGAAUGUGCUUGAAUUAAAGAUUAGGGAUGUAAGGAUAUAUCGCAAGAUGGAAAUAAGGGUGGAUUCAAAUCGAUUCAACAUUGAUAUUAUUUUUAAACAGUAGAAGGCGCUAUCUGCAUUUCACUCCGCUUGUUCAACAUCAUGAAGUCUCUUGCGCUGCUCUCUCGUCACUCGCUGAGUUGAUCAUAACAGACAUGGCGGCGGCAGGUGAAGACUGAGCAGUUCAGGAAGCACCUUUGUGUUUCAAGUCUGAGGUACGGCAGCAUUUUGGCUUUCCCCAAUACUCCUUAAAAAAUACUCCUUAAAAAAUACUUCUUAAAAAAUCAUGUAAAUUCCAAGCCAGGAGCAUAAUCAGCACUUUUGAAAUUCACUUUCCAUUUCUUUAUAAUUGUUCUGAAAUUUUCCAACAAGGUAUUUUUGUACAGUCAUUUUGAGUUUUUUUGCAAGGUGCUGAAAAAAAAGUGUGCAGUGGUUUUAUUUGAGUUACAAAGAAAAUAUGAGAGAAAAAAUUUAUAUUGCAACUGUCCGUACCUGAGAGUUGAAAUAAAAUAAUAGUUAUUUAAAUUUUGAGUUCAAUCCAGUUUUCUUGAAAAUUGUUAAGAGAAUCGUGAGUGAAUUGUAUCCUGAACCAAAAAUCUGAAUUUGAAUCGAAUCGUGUGUUGAGUGUAUCCUUACAUCCCUAUUAAUGAUGCAUCUGCAGGUGUUUUGGAUGCAGAAAGCUAAAUGCAAAUUCAGAUAUUUUUACAAUCCAGUAAAAGGUACAUACAUACUGGCCUUUUUAGAUCCUAGAAAUGAAGUUUGUCAGAUUCAACAUGCACAAAAAGUAUCCAUGAAACUCAUAACCUAUGGGUGUUUAAGAUAAUCAGCCAAACAGUCAGUUGUCAGUGACGAUGGUGGAGCGCACUAAUCCUGCAGACAACUCACCGACCUGAAGCAUGUUGUUUUGUUUUUGUUUAUUGUUUGCACUUUGUCUAUGCUUGCACUUUUUGGGGCCCUUUUUAUUACUGACUGGAGUUUGUUUGAAACAAGUUUAUCAUUAAGUUAUCAUAAUGAUCUUGAAUUGAAUUAAAUCUAAAUUAUUUUUAACAUGUAAAAAAAAAAGAGAAGUGAAACUACAAACAAGCAGCCAGAUGGAAACAUGAAAUAGAAUUGUGAUAUAAUACACUAAGUGAAACACUAAGUUAAGUUCUAUUUACACACUCAAAGUGAGUGGGAAGAAUGAACUCUUAUUGAAACCCUAACCACCUCAAUGUUAAGUAAGAUACCAAAUCUAAGCGAUAUAAAACGAGGGAUUUAAUCUCUCAGGCUUGACUGUUAAAUGCUAUCAAAUCAUCCAGCUGACCGCUUUGGCAUCAUGAUGCAUGAUUCAUGUAGAAAUCAUGUGGUCAGUAAGGGAUACAGGUAAAAGAGUGUAUUAGUUUUCAUACUGAAGAUGGUGAGAUAUAUUUUGAAUAUACUGAUGUGAUUUUCCUCCUGUAUUUGGAAAUAAAAACUUUUGUCUGAAAAGCUCA